GUGGUUCAUUUGGUCUUAUGACAGUCAUUUGAUGUUUGGUGUUAAUUUCUAAUAAUACAGUGAGGACAGCUGUGGCUUAUAGUCGGGUGCGCCUUAUAGUGCGAAAAUGAUGGUAGUAUUUUAAAAGGAGUGUUCAUUGUAAAAAGUUGGAGGACGACCCAUGGACAAAAUUGAGGAGGCGUCGGCGACGAGGUUGCUGUCCCACCUGAGGCUACCUGUGAAAGGGGCGGGACUACAGGGCUUGCUCAGGUGUGGAGGCUGCACAGACGAGGACAGCAGAAGACACCAAGAUGGACAGCGAGGGCAGGAAAGUGGUGGUCUGCGACAACGGGACGGGGUUUGUCAAGUGUGGCUUUGCGGGCUCCAACUUCCCGGACCACAUCUUCCCCGCCAUGGUGGGUCGCCCGGUCAUCCGGUCAACCACCAAAGUGGGCGACAUCGAGAUCAAGGAUCUGAUGGUGGGCGACGAAGCCAGCGAGUGCCGCUCCAUGCUGGAGGUGUCGUACCCCAUGGAGAAUGGAAUGGUUCGCUGCUGGGACGACAUGCUUCACCUGUGGGACCACACCUUUGGAACAGAGAGGCUGGACAUCGAGCCUUCUCAGUGCAAGAUCCUGCUGACGGAACCGCCGAUGAAUCCCACGAAGAACCGUGAGAUGAUCACUGAGGUCAUGUUCGAGAAGUACGGCUUCCACGGGAUAUACGUGGCCAUUCAAGCUGUGCUAACGCUGUACGCUCAGGGUUUGCUGACCGGGGUGGUUGUCGAUUCGGGCGACGGCGUCACUCACAUUUGUCCGGUGUACGAGGGCUUCUCCUUGCCGCACCUGACGCGCAGGCUGGACAUCGCCGGGCGUGAUAUUACGCGUUAUCUCAUCAAGCUGCUGCUCCUGCGCGGCUACGCCUUCAACCACUCGGCCGACUUCGAGACGGUUCGCAUGCUGAAGGAGAAGCUGUGCUACGUCGCGUACAACAUCGACCAGGAGCAGCGUCUCGCUACGGAGACUACAUACCUAGUGGAGUCCUACACGCUACCCGACGGCCGGCAGGUCAUGGUCGGGGGCGAGAGGUUCGGCGCCCCGGAAGCCCUCUUCCAGCCUCACCUGAUCAACGUGGAGGGGGCGGGCGUGGCCGAACUGCUCUUCAACACCAUCCAAGCGGCCGACAUUGAUCUCAGGGCGGACUUCUAUAAGCAUAUUGUCCUCUCCGGUGGGAGCACCAUGUACCCUGGACUCCCAUCCAGACUGGAGCGAGAGAUCAAGCAGCUUUACUUGGAGAGGGUCCUGGACGGAGACACGCAAAAAUUGGCUAAGUUCAAGAUCCGGAUCGAGGACCCGCCUCGCCGCAAACACAUGGUGUUCCUGGGCGGCGCAGUGCUAGCCAACAUCAUGAAGGACAAGGAAUCCUUCUGGCUGAGCAAAGCCGAGUACCAGGAGAGCGGCCUCGGCGUGCUACAGAAACUUGGAGGUGGUGUUAGAUGAAAACGCUGUCUCAAAUGUUUAUUUCAAAAUAAAAGCUGAGAGAGAUCUGAGUCAAUAUUCAAAGAAAGAA